GCCUCUGAACACGCCUUCCCCUCCGCUCUUCCUUUGUCUUCGGUCAACAGUAACAUAGCUUCCACCGGCACCCUGGUGACCAACACCACUGGAGGUGGUCGUCGUUAACCUGGGCCCCGACCGAUCCGGUAUGGAAAUCUCAUAAUUGAUGAUCCGCAUGUUUGAUUUGGCAAAGGUUUUACGUCGGAUGCCCUUCCUGGCCGAAGAUGUGGGUACAAUUUAUGACGGGGAACACCGGCACUAGGACUACUCUGGCUUGUGGCCCCCUCGUGGCUGUGUUGAUAUUUUAAUUUUAUACCAGUCAUUAUUGUAUUUGAUCUUUCGUGCAACAUGUUAUGAUCCCUGAAGCCAUGGCUCAGAGGGACCUAACAUAUGAGAUGCCAGCGCGCUUUUAUAGUUCAACAAAUAUGUAAUAGUAGAAAAAUAAUUACAUAAAAAGACCGAGAUGGGAGGCUGGGGCAUAAACAAACAAAAGGGAAAGAUCAUCAACCAACCAGACACUCGGGAUUCUACAUUAAUCCCUAAGCUACUAUUAGCAAAACCAAACAAAAAGAACCAAAACCAAAAACAAGAUAGGCGGAUCCAAGUAACAAUAACCAGCACUGCAACAGCAGCUGCAAAUUAACGCUGGUGCUGAUGGAGAUGAGAGAGAGCGAGGGGGAGGGAAAAAGAAAACUCUUGUUCUGCUUUUUCAAGCCUUAUACAAAAUUUGGUUAACAUUUAUAGCCAAUGCCAACAUGGCAGGAAACCAGUAUCAGGAUGCACAACAAAACAAUCAAACUUCUUGUUUUUCCUGUUUGAUAUUUUUACUGAUUUCAGGACGCUGAUUGUGUGCGCUACAGCGAGUAUUACGCAACAAGCAGACUUCUGGGAGAUCCGGAUCCAGCCCAAGUGUAAUACUAAUCAUCAGGAUGGAGGUGACACCUCGGCCAAAACUGUUUGACUUCCACGGAGUCUCCAUGACCAGGAUGUUCACUGACAACUGGGAUAACGUACAGAACUUCAAAGCAAGACCAGAUGAUAUUGUCAUUGCUACUUACCCUAAAGCAGGAACCACAUGGAUCUCUUACAUCCUAGAUCUUCUGUAUUUUGGGCACAUGGGUCCAGACCGUCAGACAUCCCUCCCUAUUCAUGAACGAGUGCCCUUCCUGGAGCUCUACGUACCUCCUAUGCUUAUAGGUGCAGAAAUGGUGGAGAAACUUCCCACCACUCCUCGUCUCAUUAAGACUCAUCUACCCGUCCAGUUUAUACCCAAGUCGUUCUGGGAGCAGGGCAGCAGGAUAAUAUAUGUGGCCCGCAAUGCAAAGGACAAUGCAGUGUCCUUUUACCACUUUAAUCGGAUGAACUAUGCUCAGCCAGAAGCAGGAGAAUGGAGCACCUUUCUGCAGGAUUUCAUGGAAGGAAAGAGGGUUUUCGGAUCAUGGUAUGACCAUGUGAACAGCUGGUGGGAAAAGAAGCAAAGUUAUUCAAAUCUUCACUACAUGUUCUAUGAAGAUUUGAUUGAGGACUGUGGACAGGAAAUAGACCGACUGUGUUCCUUCCUUGGUUUGUCUCCUUCAGCUGAAGAGAAGGAAAGAAUCAUUACCAGUGUGGCGUUUGACAGCAUGAAGCAAAACAAGAUGACCAACUAUACCACAGUUCCAGUGAUGAACCAAGAGGUUUCUCCUUUCAUGAGAAAAGGGAAAGUUGGUGACUGGAAGAACCACUUCACUGUGGCCCAGAAUGAGCAGUUUGAUGAAGACUAUAAGAAGAAGAUGAAGAAUCCUGAUUUAAAGUUUCGCUUUGAAAUUUAGAGUCCUGGCUGGGUGUAAUAUAGUCCUCAGAAGUAAUAUGUGAUUAAAUAUUUAACAAAUAAUCAAAAUAUAAGUUAAAAAAAACACAAUUUUCUUAUAUUGUGCUGAUGUGUACAAAUCACAUCAUUAAAACAAAUCUUUAUUAAGAAUAAAGAUUCUCUCUCUCUCGCUCUCUCUCUCUCUGGCUCUCUCUCUCUCUUUAUAAACACAAUGUGACCUCUUUGCUUUUAAGCAGAAAUUUAGUCCUUAGACGUAGCCAUGGUUUGGAUGUUUUAUAUUUUUAUUGAUAUGUGAUACAUCUAAAAGAGUCCCGUGACACAGCAGGUUUCAGACUGUAACCUUUUAAUUUUUCUCAUCACACUGUCCCACCAGGGUGAGGCAGAUUACCUUUCUCUCGAUGUUAAACCAUGUGUUUAAUUUGACUCUUUGAUUCUAUGAUUUUACAGUGAUGAGAAAACCCCUCAUUUUCUUUAUGUUUCACUUCCAAGCAGCCAGACUGUCUUGUAAUUUUAAAGAGAUCUUGAGCAGUAGUUCUGUUGUCUUUCUGGAAGUUUUUUAUUGGACAUCAGCUACUGAGGAAUGUGUUUGUUUGUGUGUUUGUAUGUUUUUGUUUUUUUGAUGUUUGACCACUUAACGCUGACCUGUGAAUUAUUCAAGUAUUAAAAAGCCAUCUAACUCAAGGGAUAAACCAGUC